AUGGAUAAGUUUUUGCAGAUAGCACCUCACUCCCUGGCGAUAGUGCUCUCUCGGGUGGCCGAUGAGGAGGAUUCACCCGAGGUACCGGGAGGAGAGAAGCCGCAGGAGCACCAUACUGGGUAUGAGAUAUUCGCGGACUUCAAAGCCGAGAACAUGCAACAUUUUUGGAAUAAAAAAGUUACAGACGCCAUAUCGGAGACCUUUUUCCUGGGGUGGAUUGACGAGCAUGUGCUACUAAUCCAAGGGAAAGAGGAUCACCUGGAGGUGUUGAGAGAAGGCUGGAUGAGGAGGGCUCUCAAGCCGCCGCGAGGAUUCGAGAUCAAAUACCUGGGUGAUGUGUCCCCCAUCAGCAUGUCUCCCAUCAGCCAGUCUCAGUUCAUCCCCCUGGGAGAGAUCUUGUGCCUGGCCAUCUCAGCCAUGAACUCCGCUCGCAAGCCUGUGUCCCAGGAAGCCCUGAUGGAGCACUUAGCCACCUGUUUCCCAGGUGUCCCGACGCCCAGUCCAGAGAUCCUCCGGCACACCCUCAGCAUGCUGGUGCGGGAGAGGAAGAUUUACCCUGCUCCCGAGGGGUAUUUCAUCGUCACGCCUCAGACUUACUUUAUCACGCCCUCGCUCAUUAGGACUAACAGCAAGUGGUAUCACCUGGACGAGCGGAUACCUGACCGACCGCAGCAGCAAUGUACCUCUCCGCAGUCAGGAACAAUCACCCCGUCCGCCUCGGGCUGCGUCCGGGAGAGAUCCCACCACAAGAACCACGACUCGUACAACAGCUACCGCGACGACAUGCCCAGCAUACACGCCUCCACCCUGCAGAGGAAGUCACCAAAAGAGCUCAAAGACCCCCACCCCCCGCCGCCCCAGCACCAAGCCUCGACCACAGAGAAGAGCAAGAGCACCAUUAACUUCUCCUUCAAGUCCGACACCCUGACCAAACACAAGGACGGGGGCGGGAGCAGUAGCGGUGGCGGGGAGAAGCAGUCGAAAAAGAGCUUCGGGCUGAAGCUCUUCAGGCUGAGCUUCAAGAAGGACAAGACGAAACACCUCGCCACGUUCUCCGCCCAGUUCCCGCCGGAGGAGUGGCCGCUCCGGGAUGAGGAGACGCCCACCACCAUCCCGCGGGACGUGGAGGUGGAGAUCAUCCGGCGGAUCAACCCGGACCUGACGGUGGAGAACGUGAUGCGGCACACGGCGGUGAUGAAGCGCCUGGAGGAGGAGAAAGCCCAGAGGGGCAAGGCGGGGUCGGCCCAGCACAGCUCCCGGAGCCGGAGGAGCCGGGGUCACCGCAAGGCCCAGGGGAAGUCCCGCUCACACAGCAAGACACGAGCGUCCCGGGGAGACCCCUCGGAGGGCUCCAACCUGGACCUGGCCGCGGUGGCACGGGACUACAAGUUCUACAGCUCUUCCCUAGUGAGGUCGCCACGAGACGCCAUGUUCUCCAUGGAGCGCAACCGGGGGAAGUACCUCGUGCACAGUAACCCCAACAUAGUGGAGUCCCACUUUGUUGCGCCUGAGUGGGACGUGUCCGGGGAACUGGCCAAAAGGAGGACAGAGAUGCCCUUCCCUGAGCCCUCGAGGGGGACGUCGCAUUUUAAGGUGCACCGCAGCCACAGCCACACCCAGGACAGGAAGUCGCGACACGAGAGGUCGGACAAGGCCAAAGAGCGGUCCCGGUCCAUGGACAACUCCAAAGGCCCGCUGGGGGCGGCCUCCAUGGGCAUGCUGGCUGAUUUUGACUGUGGCCCGGACGACAGGAGCCGCUACUACACAGAUGACGGCACGCUACGAGCCUCCAAGGUCCCCCACUACUCGCGAAUCAUGCUUUCUGCUGCUAGGUUUAACUCAGAGGUUUGUGUGCCUGACAUCGGUAAGGGCAAUCAUGAGGACUCCAAGGUCUGUAGUCCGCUGGAGAAGAACAAAAGCAGAGAUAGUUUGCCGGCCUACAGCGACCUGAAGCCUUGCUCGCCCAAGCCCGCUGCCGAGGACUACUUUCAGUGCAAUGCUUCGAACGAAACCGCCCUCUCUGCUCCCUCUCCUUCAACAAAGCCCGAUACCGAUACUUUAACACUUUCGGACGGGGUGAAAAAGGGGUCUCCCUCCGACCGGCUAACGCCCCACCAUACCUCUCCCCAUCCCGCGGAGUACAAAGAGGACUCGUCAAAGGGACAGAAUGGCAUGGGUUCAGCAGUGGCUAAUCAGACGGUCGACCCGGUGCCAAACGGACGCUUGAUACACCAACACAACGCCGACCCUGGCGGGAGUGCGGACAAAAGGAAAGAGAUCUUCAGCAAAGACACUCUGUUCAAGCCUCCCCACAACCCUCUUUCGCCGGGCUACGCGGAGAGCGGCUACCCCAAAUCGGGCACGCUGAGGAAAAGCCCGCACGCGAAGUCGGCCGAGGUCCUUGGUGGGCAGGAGAAGCCGGCUCAGAUCUCGCCAUCUCCCGGGGCCUCGGCCCAGCAGGCCCCCGAGCCGGCCCUCUCCUCGGCCGCUGAGGCGACCUUCGACUACUACAACGUCUCGGACGACGACGACUCGGAGGAGGCUGCGCACAAGGGCGCGGUGGAGGAGAAGAGCCGGGAGGGCGGCGGGACCAUGCAGUGGCUGCUCGAGCGGGAGAAGGAGCGGGAGCUGCAGCGCAAGUUCGAGAAAAACCUGACGCUCCUCAGCCCCAAGGAGAGCGACAACAACAACAGCCAAAAAUCUGCCCAUUCGGCCCGUCUGGACAGCAUGGACAGCAGCAGCGUCACGGUGGACAGCGGCUUUAACUCUCCACGAACGCGGGAAAGCCUGGCCUCCAACACCUCCAGCAUCGUGCUGGAGAGCCACCGGCGCCAGAAUGCAGCGCUGAGCCCCGGACACAUCGGCACCAGCAGUGGGCCCCUCUUCAGCUUCCGCACCUGCCCGGAGCCCCCCGCCACACAGCCCGAGAAACUGCAGAAACCCUCAAACUGCUUAGCUUCCAUCACCAGUGUCUGACCGAGACAACACCCCCGCCACCUCCACCAACUCCACCUCGCCUGUAGGACUCCGUACGCUACACUGGGACUGUUAAACUUUCAACCGGCAUGAUUUAGACAAACCCAACACCAAGACUGUUCCACUUGAUUAAAUGUUGUCAAGUUCUUUUUUCGUUUUUAGGUUAUUGUUACUUUCCUUGAUAUUAUUUUUUUUUUAAACCUAAAUUGAGUACGUGAAAGCCGUUUGUUUUUUUGUUUUUUGAAGAUAAGAAACUAGUAUUGAAUGCAUACUGCAGUCUAGCUUGAAAAACUGUUCCUAAUUUUGGGGAAUUAGUGUAAGCAUAAGGUUCUCUUUUAGUUUCUUACAUGCAACACGUUUAUCGGUGGAUGCAGUGAAAGGGAAGUGUGUGAGACGUGUUAAUGCUUAUGACUCAAAGUUAAGAUCAAAACACACUAUAGACAUACUGAAUACAGGCCUGUAGCCAAGCAGUGAAUGGCUUCAGCCUAGAGUGCACCUAGAGUGGGUCUCUGGGAUAAAGAAAAACCCAGGAAAAGUUUGUGUAUGCCCCAAGCCCUUAGCAAACACUAUUCUAAGUGCUACUGCACCUACUUGGUUUUGUUGGUUUAAUCAAAAUAUCUUUGAGUUUCAUUUCAAAUAUUAAGGUGUAGUUAUCAACAUCAAUACACUGAUAAAUAUGGUAUCUGAUAAAGUCAACAUCAUACAAUGUCAAUGACGCUGGGUCAGAAGUCCACUUUUUUUUCAGAGAGCAAAUCUAGGUACCCUUUAAAAACCCUUUUUUUUUUACUGACCAAAUAAAUUGUGUUUAUACAACAUUGUUCUAGUAAAUGGCUAGUUGAUUGUGACCUGGCAGUUAAAAUCCACAUUAAUGUGGUUACUGUCGAAUCUGUAAUCUCAGGUCAUUCACAGUUACUCUCUUAACCCUGUCAUCUCAUUGGCUGCGUGUAACUCUAUCCAGAGUCAUUCACCGCACUUCGCUCAUCGCUGCGAGGGGCUCUUCUGUCAGAAGGAGGGCCUUGCGUGUUCCGUGUUCCCGCUGUUUGGAAAAGCGCCAGUGAAAAAGCAGGAUCUGUACGCAUCAUUGAAAGUUAAAUCAAUCUCUCCAGGGAGUAUACGUUUAAUCAGUGUGGUCUGAAGCCAGCCCUGACGCUGUUCAGGGUUUUAACUUCUUUUUUUUUUCUGCGUUACUUGAUACACGUCCAACAGAAUGAACUGGGUUCUAAGAACUUAUGUUUGAAUCAGGUCUUUUUGGCGCAGCACAUCCUUAUGAUGUAAAUAAGCAUUCGGUGAACUCCAAAGCCAAAAAAUAUUUUUGUUGUUUUAAAAACGGCAAAUCAUUUCACAUUUUACAUUUUUAUAACAUUUCUCGAAUUAUUAUUUUUUUCCCCACAACUGAUGAGCAUUGUCUGUCUCCUGCCAUUCCCCACACAUGAAUCACACUGUCGGUCAGACGCAGCGAAUCAUCAACACUGCUGUGUAGGUGGCUCCCCUUGCAGACAGCAGGACAGACGUCUCUACACGUCUGUUCUGUGCUUGCACAGCUUUUGAUCCUGAUAUGAUCCGGGGCACCAGUUAUUUUAUAGCGUAUGUUGGUGACCAGUUGACUAUUGCAUUGAAAUAUGAUUUUUUAUUUUAUUCUUUUUCAAAAUUCUAGGUCAGUGUUCUAGAACUCAUUACUUUCCAUCAUCAGUAGUGAUUGUUACAUCAGCAUUAGAGUGUUCAGAUAAGAACAUUCUAAUCACAUAUUUGUGAUCUCACACCUUAAAGGGUUAAUUAUGUAACUGUAUGCCAGGAUUAUACUGCAGCAGUCUAACUAAACUCAUAUUAUUUGUUAGUUCAUAGUUUAUACUUUUUUCACAGACAGUUGAGGAAUUCCACAUUUCCUGGUGCUAAUAUCUGUGGCGUCUUCUUGUUCUCUGCAUUUGUCAUUUGCAUGAACAAGUGGCUUUAGAACAUGAAAAAUGAUCACAGUUCCUUCAAUACAAAACUCCCUGGCUUUGAUGAUCGUUACAGUUUUAGGUUUUUUUUUUUUUUUUUUGGUUUUUUGUAGUCCUUGUUUUUUUACGUAAUGUAGAUCAGUGUACACACAUACAUAACUACCUCCACAGCUUAUUAUGUGACAGCAAAAAUAUGAGAUGAGUUCUGGUUCCUUUUCUCCCUCUGUCAUCUGCAACACAUCUGAUAUGGGCCUGGACUGUUUGAACGAGCCGAGCUGGACGUUCCCAAUACGACGGAUUCACGAACGGUACAGAAUGCUGCAGUUACCCAUGAUCCUUUUCACUGCCGAGGCUGAUCUCUUGGUAGUCAUGGGCUGUGUUCGAAACUACGUAGUAGCAUAUGACUCAUGCUAAAUUUCAGACUGAUUUUCAUUGCAAUCUAGUAUGAGUAGUGUGCUAAGUAUGCCGUUUUGAACACAGCCGUGGACUCUGCGAUCCAACGUACCGAGCUCUGCGUUAUCCAGACGGGUUUUUGUUCUAGCUAUUCAGUGUUCUUACACCGCACUGUUAAACUGCUAGCUACCAGGACUGUGUGUUUGCCCUCCAGAAACUAAAAGCUGUUAUCUCUUACCUAUAUGCAUUUUUUAAUGAGUCCUAGGACCUCAUUUCAAAUUUAGGACUAUUUAUGUCUGGAGAAAAAAAAAAAAAAAAAAGAUGUUAGUUGCUCCUGAGCUCUUGGUAAUACUGUAUGUCUCACCUCAAAAGUUCUUCAUUCAGCAAUGAUUCCCUCCGAACCCACACUGCAGAGUUCACAGUACAACAUUCAGCAUUUCCCUCCAAUAUCUUCAAUUUAUUUUCUUCUUUUUACUAUUAUUAUUAUUAUUAUGAUUAUUAUUUCAUAUGAAAAUGAAUCAUCGUGGGAGUGUGAUCGGGCAGGUCAAGGGGGCGCUGUUUCGCCCCACAGGUGCUUUCGAAGGCCUGCUGCAUUUCGUGAACUUUCUUAAUGUAAUCCGUUUUGGGGUUUGCUUCGAAAGUCAAAAGGGAGAAUUUGCAGCCGAGACAGCCUUUGUAGAGACACGUUUGCACUUAAAAUGCCUGGUCUGUGGUUGCUGUAAAGUCCAUCCAGAAGGAUGCGCUGUUUAUAGUGUAAAAUAUUUCAUAUGAAAUAAUGAGAGUCCAUGAAAUGUCUUCCCUUAACAUCAUGAAUUUAUAACAGUGUACAAUAACAUUGUUUUUAAUUGUGACAGUUAUAUCAUACUGUAAAUGAUGUUUACCUGUCAUGCUUAGUAUAAUAAUUUAAAAAAGAAGAAAUGAGGGAUUUUUUUGUAAUGUCUGUAAUAUUUGCAAGUCCCUAUUUGUGUAGUAAUGGUGUUUACUGUUGUUGUAGUGUAUGUGAUAUACCCUUUGGGGGAUUGUGUUACUUUUUAAGCCAAUAAAAUAACAUGUUUGGUUA